GGUCAGCUCAGCUCUGACCAUUAACCGGUCCCAUGGGCGUGGCGCUGACGAGAUCCGCGCAGUGGACUGCUGCUGGACGUGGAACUGGAACCCUCGAAACUACCCCUCUAAAUGAAGCCAUAUUGAAAGAAAUUAUUGUGUUUGUGGAGAGUUUUAUCUAUAAACAUCCCCAAGAGGCAAAAUAUGUUUUUGUAGAUCCACUUGAAUGGAAAACAGGUUUGAACCCCUCAGCAUUUGAAUCUGGUUAUGCUGUCAGUGAAACAAGAGUCAAAUCAGAAGAAGUGGAUAAAAAUGGACGGCCUUUGCUGUUUCUCUCUGUACCGCAAAUUGAAGUCAGGAGCUUCGGGCAGCUGUCACGCUUGUUAUUUAUUGCCGGAAAUACAAAGCUGAGGGAAGCACAAGCGUGUAUUGAAGCUAACAGAAAUCCCAUAGCAAAAAUCCUGGGCUUGGAUUAUGAUACAAUGAAAGAAGACUCAUCUACAUUAAAUAUUCUUGAUAAAAUUAUCAAAGAUGGUGAUCCUGAAAGCGAGAUUAAGAUGAAGGUUGCCAUGCUGCUUAAGCAACUGGAUCUGCACCUACUCAAUCAUUCUCUAAAACAUAUUUCAUUGGAAAUACGUUUAAAUCCAGCGACUCUUAAGAAUGAUAUAGAGCUGCUCAAACGUUUCUCAGGAAAAGGAGAAGAAACAGUUUUGGAAUCUAUCGACUAUACCUCAGAUUAUGAAUUUUCAAAUGGAUGUCGAGCCCCACCUUGGAGACAAAUUCACGGGGAGAUUUGUUAUGUGCUGGUGAAACCACAUGAUGUUGAAACUUUGUGUGUUACUUGUAGCUCAGAAGGAGUAUUUUUGAAUGGUGGCAAAACAGAUGAUGAGGGGGAAAUUAACUAUGAGAGAAAAGGUGCAGUUUAUAAAGACCUCGUCACAUUUUUAAGAGAAAAAUCAGCAAAAUUUUCAGAAAAUAUGUCUAAACAAGCGAUUACCUUCAAGGAAGAACAGCAACAGCAAAAAGAUCAGCCUAACGAGGAACCUAAGAAGGAUGAAGCAGUCGCCUUUCAUAAAGCUGUUACUGGUUCAGACAGAAGUACACUGGAGAAGAACCAAAUUAAUUUUGGGAAGAAUCAAAUGACCAAAAGAUUAGAGCCAAGUUUAAACUGGAAAGCCACUGUUGAUUUCAAAGAGCGCAGAAACUUAGUAAGAGACACUCAAGAGGAAAAACAUGGAGGAAGACUUGAAAAGUCAAGACCAUCUGUUUCACCUGGAAAAGCACAGUUAGUUCGAAAGAGUAUUGAUAAGAUUGAGGAAAUCGUUAGUGAGAGCUCCUCAGAGAGUGAGGAAGAUGAAGAACCACCUGAUCAUCGUCAGGAAGCAAAUGCAGAUUUGCCGUCAGAAUAUUGGCAAAUUCAGAAGCUGGUGAAAUAUUUAAAGGGAGGAAAUCAGACAGCUACAGUGAUUGCGUUGUGUUCGAUGAAGGAUUUCAACUUAGCGCAAGAGACGUGCCAGUUGGCAAUCAGGGAUGUUGGAGGCCUUGAAGUUUUAAUAAAUUUACUCGAUACAGAUGAAGUCAAAUGUAAGAUUGGUUCAUUAAAAAUCCUGAAGGAAAUCAGUCAUAAUCCUCAAAUCAGACGUAAUAUUGUUGACCUUGGGGGCUUACCAAUUAUGGUUAAUAUACUUGAUUCUCCAUAUAAGAGUCUGAAAUGUUUGGCAGCUGAGACAAUUGCUAAUGUUGCCAAGUUUAGAAGAGCCUGGCGGGCGGUGAGAUGCCACGGGGGCAUCACCAAACUGGUCGCUCUACUUGACUGUGGGCAGAAUUCAACAGAACCUGCUCAGUCGAGUCUGUAUGAGACCAGAGAUGUGGAAGUGGCUCGCUGCGGGGCGCUGGCGCUGUGGAGCUGCAGUAAGAGUUAUGCAAAUAAAGAAGCCAUUCGGAAAGCCGGGGGCAUUCCUUUGUUGGCUCGGUUACUGAAGACUUCUCAUGAAAACAUGCUAAUUCCGGUGGUGGGGACUUUGCAAGAAUGUGCCUCAGAGGAAAGUUACCGAGCUGCAAUCAAAGCAGAAAGGAUCAUUGAAAAUCUAGUAAAGAACCUCAAUAGUGAGAAUGAGCAGCUGCAGGAACACUGUGCCAUGGCCAUCUACCAGUGUGCUGAAGAUGAAGAAACCCGUGACCUGGUUAGGCUGCAUGGAGGACUUAAACCCUUGGCUAGCCUGCUCAAUAACACUGACAAUAAAGAACGGUUGGCUGCUGUGACAGGGGCAAUAUGGAAAUGUUCCAUCAGCAAAGAGAAUGUGACCAAGUUUCGGGAAUACAAAGCCAUUGAAACCUUGGUGGGACUUCUAACUGAUCAACCCGAAGAAGUACUUGUGAAUGUGGUUGGUGCGUUGGGAGAAUGCUGCCAAGAAUAUGAAAACCGCGUCAUUGUCCGGAAAUGUGGUGGUAUUCAGCCACUUGUGAACCUCCUCGUUGGAAUAAACCAAGCUCUUCUUGUCAAUGUCACAAAAGCAGUUGGUGCUUGUGCAGUAGAACCUGAAAGUAUGAUGAUAAUCGAUCGCUUAGAUGGUGUUCGUUUGUUGUGGUCCCUACUGAAAAAUCCUCACCCAGACGUGAAGGCCAGUGCAGCUUGGGCCCUCUGUCCCUGCAUCCAAAAUGCUAAGGAUGCUGGAGAAAUGGUUCGUUCCUUUGUUGGUGGUUUGGAGCUUGUUGUCAAUUUACUGAAAUCAGAUAAUAAAGAAGUUUUGGCGGGUGUAUGUGCUACUAUUACCAAUAUAGCCAAAGAUCAAGAAAAUUUAGCUGUUAUUACAGAUCAUGGAGUUGUCCCUUUAUUGUCUAAACUAGCAAAUACAAAUAAUGAUAAACUGAGGCGUCAUCUAGCAGAAGCUGUUUCACGUUGCUGUAUGUGGGGCAGAAACAGAGUGGCCUUUGGCGAGCACAAAGCAGUGGCUCCAUUAGUGCGUUACCUGAAAUCGAAUGACACCAACGUGCAUCGAGCAACAGCUCAAGCCUUGUACCAACUCUCAGAAGACGCCGAUAACUGCAUCACCAUGCAUGAGAAUGGCGCGGUCAAGCUGCUACUGGAUAUGGUUGGGUCCCCGGAUCAGGAGCUCCAGGAAGCUGCAGCUGGUUGUAUAUCCAACAUCCGCAGGCUGGCUCUUGCUACAGAAAAGGCAAGAUACACUUGAAGUUUGAAAAGACAUUACAAGCUACCAAAUUUUACAGGACACAGAACGUGUCACUCCCAUGGCCAGGAAGCCUAAAUUGGGAAACAUUUAUUAGCCAAUCCUUGACAAACAAGCAAAUGUCUGAAUGAAAACACACGAAUUAAAAAUGCAAAGAAUGCUGUUCAUCCAAAAGUCACGUGGAUAUUUUUAUUCUAUUUAAUGUUUUAGGGAUAUGCCAUGUAAUGAAAUGUAAAGCCAAUAAAUUCUGGAUAAUUUUCCAGGAAUUUGAGAAUAUAUGUAUACGAUGUAUAUAUAUAUAUAUUUCACUGAUGCUUUUGUAUUUGUGAUGAUUUUAAUAAAAGAUAUGGCCUUCCCAGUGUGCA